CAGACGGCGGCGCGGUGGCGUCAGGCGGCGGCGGCGGAGCCCGCCCGUUCGCAAGAUGGCGUCGCUGCUGCAAUCGGAGCGGGUGCUGUACCUGGUGCGCGGCGAGAAGGAGCUGCGGGCGCCGCUGCCGCAGCUGUACUUCUGCCGCUACUGCAGCGAGCUCCGCUCGCUCGAGUGCGUCUCGCACGAGGUGGACUCUCACUACUGCCCCAGCUGCCUGGAAAACAUGCCUUCAGCUGAAGCCAAGUUGAAAAAGAACAGGUGUGCCAACUGCUUUGACUGCCCCUGCUGCAUGCACACCCUUUCCACACGGGCCACGAGCGUCCCUGCGCCGCUGCCCGACGACCCGGCCAAGACCACCAUGAAGAAAGCCUAUUACCUGGCCUGUGGCUUCUGCCGCUGGACUUCCCGCGACGUGGGCAUGGCAGACAAGUCUGUCGCGAGUGGUGGCUGGCAGGAGCCGGAGAAUCCUCACACGCAGAGGAUUAACAAGCUGGUGGAGUACUACCAGCAGCUGGCUCAGAAGGAGAAGAUCGAGCGGGACAGGAAGAAGCUGGUGCGACGCCGCAACUACGUCCCGCUGGCCUUCUCGCAACACACUAUACAUGUAGUGGACAAAUAUGGCCUUGGAACAAGGCUUCAGCGCCAGAGGCCUGGAGCUCCCAUCAGUGCCCUCGCUGGACUCUCCCUGAAAGAAGGAGAAGACCAGAAGGAGAUCAAGAUCGAGCCAGCUGAUGCAGUGGAAGAAGUGGAGCCUCUUCCUGAGGAUUACUACACAAGACCAAUCAAUCUGACAGAAGUGACAACUCUGCGCCAGCGCCUGCUGCAGCCUGACUUCCAGCCCAUCUGUGCUUCCCAGCUCUACCCACGUCACAAGCACCUCCUGAUCAAACGCUCGCUGCGCUGCCGGAAAUGUGAACAUAACCUGAGCAAACCAGAAUUUAAUCCAACAUCUAUCAAGUUCAAGAUCCAGCUGGUUGCAGUUAACUACAUCCCUGAAGUGAGAAUCAUGUCUAUUCCCAACCUACGCUACAUGAAGGAGAGCCAAGUGCUUCUGACCCUGACUAAUCCUGUGGAGAGUGUCACACAUGUGACAUUGCUGGAGUGUGAGGAGGGAGACCCUGAUAACAUCAACAGCACUGCCAAGGUGGCAGUUCCUCCCAAGGAGCUUAUUCUGGCUGGCAAAGAUGCUGCAGCAGAGUAUGAUGAGCUGGCAGAGCCUCAAGACUUCCAGGAUGACCCAGACGUUAUUGCCUUUAGAAAAGCCAAUAAGGUGGGAGUCUUCAUCAAGGUCACUCCACAGAAAGAAGAGGGCGAAGUGACCGUGAGUUUCAAGAUGAAGCACGAGUUCAAAAACCUCACUGCUCCCAUCCGGCCCAACGAGGAAGGCGACCACACCUCUGAGGUGAUCUGGCUCACCCAUCACGUGGAGCUCAGCCUCGGCCCUGUGCUCCCAUAGUGGCGCCCAGCGCUUGUUCCUGAUGGCUGGAUGGACUGGCACCCUGACAGAGCACCUGCUGAAAGGUUCUGCCAGAGCUCCUUUGUGUGUGUGGGUGUGCCACGGGCCCGGCCGGCCGCCAGGAGGGGCUGAGGCUGCCGUGGUUUGGGCUGGUUUGUUCUCUCUCCCCUUGUAGUGCCCACUAACCACCACUCCACUUCCCCUCACUGCCACAGGCUAGAGUAACUUGCAGCAUGUGUUAGAGCACAGAGAAAGAUCUCCUUCCAGGUUUGCACUGAAUUUGGCUUUAUCAGCAGAUAAUUAGGGCUGAAUUUGGAUUUAUCAGCAGAAAAGAACCCAUAUUGGUUUUUUCUCCAUAUUGGCCCACAAACUUCCUUACCCAAUGAUGAACAACUUCUCUUUCACCCAGAGCAAUUUCCUUCCCAUACAAACAUUUUAAGGAGUGUCCCUGCCUUCUGCAUUCUGGCAAGUUGCUGCCAGCAGCACGAUCUUUUCUUUCGGUUUUCUGCUUCCUCAUAGGAUACCUCAACUGUGGGGGCUGGGCUGCAGAGCCCUACCCCUCUGGCAUAUGUAGCUUGCUUAGCUGAGGUGGCAGAUGUGUUUUCACAAAGGAGUUGAUUGGUUUGCCUUUAGACUUUAAACAUAGUGUACUGUAGUGUUCAUGGGUCUGACUGGUAACCAAGCCUGCCAUCAGCCUGCUGUAUCUCAGCUGGAUGUGGCAGGGGGGGGUGCUGCAAGCUGGGAAUUCAUGUUCUGCUGCAGCUCUUGACUAAGGCAGAAAUGCUCUGGAGAGGCAGGGUUGCUCCAGAGAGGCUCCCUGGCAGACUUCAGCUCAAUAAAUGUUCUGUUGCUAGGGGUUGUAGCAAUGAGGGUAACCUGGAGCGUUAAGGUUAGUUCUGAUAAUUACAAAGCUAUAGCGGUGAUUUGAGUUCAUAAUCUUUGUUUUU